AUGCUGUUCAAGCUGGUACAAUUGAUACUUGUUGGGCGGCUUGUCGCGGCCAGUGUCGAAGCAGCGGUUGUGACGAGUGCGAGUUCCUACACUGGUUGGGACUGCUGCAAACCGAUCUGUGCAAACGGCAACCGCAACUCCGACCUCCUGAGAUCUAGGGGCGUCGCCCGGACUUGCGACAAGGACAACAGGCCUCAGGACCUAAACACGGGCCUUUUUGCGACCACGGGUUGCUCGCCCGGCGGCUCUUCGUACAUGUGCGACAGCUACCAGCCGGUCCCCGUCGCGGACGAUUUGUCGUACGGUUUUGCCAUCCUAGUAUCGGACAACCAGCGCGAAGACAAUCCCAACUGUUGCAAAUGCUACGAGGUGCAGUGGUUGUCGGGUGCAGCGGUCGGCAAAAAGAUGAUUGUACAAAUUGUGACGCCCGGCGGCGCGGGCGGUAGUGUCGUAAAGGACGACUUGAUUAUUCUGACGCCCGGCGGCGGUCUUGGGUACUUUGACCAAGGCUGCCCACGGCAGUAUGGAAGCCGUUACAACUGGUAA